AUGAAUGUAGGAAGUAUUCUCUUAGGAGGGCCUUGGUUAUCUGAUAAUGACAUGACUAUUCAAGGUAAGACUGAUAUCUAUUCUUUUAUUUUUAAGGGUAAAAAGAUUCUCCUCCAUCCUUUUAUGAAAAAACCAAAGAUUAUCAAGUCCAUUAUUUAUCCUCCUCAAGUGAAUCUUGUCUACAAGAUUUUUCCCAAAGAGGAUAUUUUUCAAUCCACUCUUCCUCUUUUCACCUUAGUCCCCAUAUAAGAAAAAUAAAUUAGUGAAUCCCUUCCUCUAGAUCCUUUGGUUUCCAGCCUUAUUGAAUAUUUUAAAGACAUUUUUCUUGAGGAAUUAGAUAACUCUUUACCUCCUCUUAGAAAAAUCCAACAUAAUAUUGACUUAGUGCUAGGAUCAUCUCUUCCUAAAUUACCUCAUUAUAGGAUGAUCCCAACAGAACACCAAGAGCUUAAAAGACAAGUAAUGGACCUCAUAGAAAAGGGAUUCAUUAAAGAAAGCCUAAGUCCUUGUGCAAUUCCUACCUUAUUAGUACCUAAGAAAGAUGGUACAUGGCAUAUGUACAUAUAUAGAAGAGCUAUUAAUAAAAUUACUAUUAAAUAUAGAUUUCUCAUUCCUAGGUUAGAUGAUCUUAGAGAUAUGGAUCUAAGAUAUUUUCUAAGAUAG